AUGUCCGUUGUCGGUAUCGAUUUUGGAUCGCAAAAUACAGUGGUUGCUGUUGCACGCAACCGGUCCAUUGACGUUAUCACGAAUGAGGUUUCUAACCGCCUCUCACCCUCUAUGGUCUGCUUCGACAUGGCGACCGGACGGCGAUAUAUUGGGGAGGCCGCAAAAACCUUCGAGAUGUCCAAGUUAAAUUCGACCAUGGGCCAAUUGAAACGACUGAUCAUGUUGGCAGCUGGCGACAAGCCAGCUCCAGGAGACUUGGAUGCAUAUGAGAGCGUGAAUGGAUUUAAUAUGCAAACCGGCGAAUUUGUGGGCCAUGCUACGGCUGUACAGGCUGUAGCAAUGUUCCUGGGUUACAUUCGUGGUGUAACACGAACAGCUCUUGGAGGCGCUGCAGCACCAAACAUCAGUGAUUGCGUGAUUAGCGUUCCUGCUUCCUGGGGCGAUGCUCAUCGCCGCAUCCUAAUGGAUGCUGCUGCGGUGGCAGGUUUGGGGCCGUUAAUGCUACUCGGUGAAGGCACAGCCACAUCGCUUGCCUAUGGGCUCUCACAUCUUGAUGCCAUACCGAAAGACGGCAUGAUGCUGUUGAUAGUGGACAUUGGCCACUCCUCCACGCAAGUUCAACUUUGUAACCUCACGGGACAAGGUUUACACGUUUUGGGGGAAGCAUGGGACACCUCUCUUGGCGGUCGAGACAUCGAUGCAGCACUUGCUAGCUAUUUAGCGAAUCGCUUAGAAAGCGAGUUUCCAAAAAAAUGGGCCGGUCUUUCUGCCUCUCCCAAAGCCAUGGUGCGACUGCGCAUGGCGUGCGAACGUGCAAAGAAGAUGCUCUCAGCCUCCUCUAUUGCGCGGCUGUCUGUGGAAGCGUUGUAUAAUGAUCAGGAUAUGUCUGAAAUACUGUCACGCGAAGAACUUGUACAGGUGAUGAAAGAACAAAUCGACUUUUUUGGCCGCCUGCAUGCUGUCCUGGCACGAGUCGCCGAUGCGCCCAAAGCAACGCCCGAUACUGAAGUUACAGCUGAUGGCUCUGCAACGCCAUCUUCUCGUACUCCCACACACAUAGAGGUGGCAGGUGGUACUACACGCAUUCCCGCCAUCAAAGAGCAUAUCUCAGCCUUCUUCGGCGGACUUCCUGUCUCGCUCGGCCUGAAUCAAGAUGAAGCGAUCGCUCGUGGUUGCGCCUAUCAAUGUGCAAUGCUUUCUCCGGUCUUCAAGGUACGCCCGUUUGAAGUGCGGGCGGUCAACUCGCUUUCUUAUGUGCUUUCGUGGGAAAAUAUGGGGGAUCGCUCUUCCGUUGCAUUGAUAGGGCCCUGUACCGCCCUUCCUGCUUCGCGUGCCGUCACUUUUUCACUGAGACAACUGCCGCUAGAGCUGACCCUGGAGGCAGAGGGCAAGCCUCAAGCGCGCUACCUUCUCUCAGUGCAGGAGGGAGAUGCCAAUGCUAUCUCAGAUGCCCAGGUUAAAAUUAAGGUUCGAUGCAGCGCUUCGGGAAUUAUUUCCAUCGAUCCUAAAGCAUCGGUCUGGGUUCGCUCAUCGCCAUCGGCUAAUUCCGAGUCUGCAGAAACUAAUAGUAAUGAGGCCCCGGAAGCAACUAGCAGCAACACCUCUAUGCUGGUGCGUUGUGAGACUUCUUGUGCCGCUGUCGCUACGCUGGCUUCGCAUUCUUUACCGCGAGAAGAAGUGCAGCGCUUAGCAACAGUUGAGGCCAACCUCGCAGCUGCAGACAGAGCCAUGUUUGAGGCAGAAACCGCUCGAAAUGCCCUUGAAGAGUUUAUCUACGAAAAGCGCGACGGGCUUUCUGGCUCUUUUUGUCCUUUCCUCUCUUCGCCUGAGGAAGAGUCCACACUUAAGGCAGCUUUGAAUGAUGCCGAAUCAUGGCUUUAUCCUGAUGAGGAAUGCUCCUCGCAGUCUUCUUUAACUCCACAGGAGAUCUCUUCUGCUGCCCAUAAGCGGCUUUGCCUAAUGAAAGACCUUUUCUAUCCCAUCAUAGAGCGGGCGCGUGCAUACGAGGAAGCUACGGAACGGCUUAUGCUUGCGAAUCGUGCCGCUGAGCGUCUUGGCCUCCCCACAGAACAGCCAGCGCCGCCCCCUCGUACUGCCGAGGUUUUCGAAGCCGCUCAGCGCGUGGAGGCCGCCUCCGCGGAAUCUAUUUCAACUGAUGGCAGUACAACUGCAAUGGACGCCCAAAACGAUGUACCUAAUGAUACCACUGACCCUCAGUGA